UACGGAUAAAGAUACAAAUACUUGUGCAUUGAGUGUUUAUAAAAUAAAAUAUUGAUAGAGCGCUUCAAGAGAGAUUUCGGACACUUGUUGUGCAAAUUCAUAAAGGAGAAUCACCAUGGAUGAGCUUAAGGGAUUCUUUAGACAGGCUGGACAGGAGUUUCUUAAUGCAGCUGGCGAUGCAGCAAUGGGUGUCGCCAAGGAUGUUGUCGGCUCGGUGAUUAAUGAAAUAUUCGUGAAAAAGGAGUCCGAUACGAAACGUGUCCUGCCAAAUAUAAAAAACAUGCGUGUGCUGGGUGAGAAAACCUCAAGCCUUGGCCAAUAUUCUGAAGUACAGGACUAUGAGACAAUUUUGAAUAGCUGCCUACAAAGCGGAUCCUUGUUUGAAGAUCCCCUGUUUCCAGCUAGCAAUGAAUCACUUAUGUUUUCACGUCGUCCAGAUCGUCAUAUUGAAUGGUUGCGUCCACAUGAAAUUGCUGAAAAUCCUCAAUUCUUUGUAGAGGGUUAUUCACGAUUUGAUGUCCAGCAGGGUGAACUUGGUGAUUGUUGGCUUUUGGCAGCUACUGCCAAUUUAACCCAAGAAUCAAAUCUAUUCUUCCGGGUUAUUCCACCAGAGCAAAGUUUCGAAGAGCGCUAUGCGGGAAUAUUUCAUUUUCGAUUCUGGCAAUAUGGUAAAUGGGUAGACGUCAUUGUGGAUGAUCGUUUACCCACAUUCCGUGGAGAGCUAUUAUAUAUGCAUUCAACGGAGAAAAAUGAAUUUUGGAGUGCUCUAUUGGAAAAAGCUUAUGCCAAACUUCAUGGCUCUUAUGAGGCUCUUAAAGGUGGCAGCACCUGUGAAGCUAUGGAAGAUUUUACUGGCGGUGUUAGCGAAUGGUAUGAUCUAGCCGAGGCUCCAGCUAAUCUAUUUACCAUAUUACAAAAAGCAGCCGAUCGUAACUCAAUGAUGGGUUGCUCAUUGGAUGCAGAUCCUAAUGCAUAUGAGGCUGAAACGCCGCAGGGAUUGAUACGUGGACAUGCUUACUCAAUUACUAAAGUUUGUCUUAUAGACAUUGUGACACCAAAUCGUCAAGGUAAAAUCCCCAUGAUACGCAUGCGUAAUCCAUGGGGUAAUGAAGCCGAAUGGAAUGGACCAUGGUCUGAUAGUUCACCAGAAUGGCGCUAUAUACCCGAGGAGCAGAAACAAGAAAUUGGCCUUACAUUCGAUCGUGAUGGAGAGUUCUGGAUGUCAUUUCAAGAUUUUCUUAAUCAUUUUCAGCGUGUGGAGAUUUGCAAUUUAUCGCCGGACUCACUGACGGAAGACCAACAGAAUAGUGGUAAACGCAAAUGGGAAAUGUCAAUGUAUGAUGGUGAAUGGACACGAGGCGUAACUGCUGGAGGCUGUCGCAAUUUCUUGGACACCUUUUGGCAUAAUCCGCAAUAUAUAAUCACUUUAGUGGACCCAGAUGAAGAAGAUGAGGAGGGCCAGUGCACUGUGAUCAUAGCUCUAAUGCAGAAAAAUCGCAGAUCUAAUCGUACAGAUGGCUGUCUAACAAUUGGUUUUGCUAUCUAUAGUCUAACCGAUCGUGAAUUGGAAACUAGGCCACAAGGUCGUAAUUUCUUUAGUUACAAGAGUUCGGUGGGACGUUCGCCACAUUUCAUCAACACUAGAGAAGUUUGCGCUCGUUUUAAAUUGCCGCCAGGUCAUUAUCUUAUCGUGCCUUCCACUUUCGAUCCAAAUGAAGAGGGCGAGUUCAUCAUUCGUGUAUUCUCUGAAACUCAAAAUAAUAUGGAAGAAAAUGAUGAUCAUGUGGGAUACGGAUUUGGAGGCAAAGCAGAUUCGAUAACACCUGGAUUUCCAACACCAAAGCCUGUCGAUCCGCAAAAGGAAAGUUUACGACGUCUGUUUGAUAGCAUUGCUGGACAGGAUGCGGAAGUCGAUUGGAUGGAGCUUAAACGCAUUCUAGAUCAUUCCAUGCGGGAUGAUUUACCAAAGCCAGUUGUCUACAAUCGUUUUGAGGGAAAUACAUUUGGAACUCAGGCUGCUGGACCUGGAGAAGAUGGUGGCAAUGCUUGUGGCAUAUUGUCCCUUAUAUGCGGACCAUUCUUGAAGGGAACACCCUUUGAGGAACAGCUGAAUAUGAAUGAUCAUGAUCAGUCCAAGAGAUUAAUGGGCGAUGGUCCAGGUGGAAAUGCAGCAGCAGGUGCAAUUGUCGAUGAGACCCAUGGCUUUUCUAAAGACAUUUGCCGUUCCAUGGUUGCCAUGUUGGAUACGGAUAAAUCUGGUAAACUUGGUUUUGAGGAAUUCGAAAUGUUGCUAGCCGAUAUAGCCAAGUGGAAAGCAGUUUUUAAGGUUUAUGACGUUGAAAAAACUGGCCGAGUCUCAGGCUUCCAGCUCCGUGAGGCAUUGAACUCAGCUGGUUAUCAUUUAAAUAAUCGCGUCCUCAAUGCAUUGGGUCAUCGCUACGGAUCCAGAGAUGGCAAAAUUGCCUUUGAUGAUUUUAUUAUGUGUGCAGUUAAAAUUAAAACAUAUAUAGAAUUAUUCAAGGAAAGAGAGAAAGACGACACUGCCACAUUUACACUGGAGGAAUGGGUGGAACGUACAAUUUACUCUUAAAAACUUUUAUUUUAAUGGUUAACUAGCAAAUCGAUCAAAAUGAAAUCUUUAUGUGUAAUCUCUGUUUAUCGAAAUCUCUUUAAUUUUGUUUCAAUAUAGUUACCCAAAUCUUUUCUGA